CUCCCUGCAAUCACAAACUAUUCAGAUCAGACAACCUCUUCCAAUCAACUCACCUCCUCCAUCCCCCAAAAAAUCUUCUUUUUUAAUUCCCCUGUUCCUAUAUAAACCCCCCUUCCCCCUCCCUAGCCUUCUCCCACGAUCAUGGAACCAGCACCACCGCCGUCACCACCCAAACACUCUCCAAUGGAUCUCUAUCGAGACAACGAGUCAACAGCAUCCCCUAAAUUCUCCCUCCCAGUUGACUCCGAGCACAAAGCAACAGAGAUUCGCAUCCUCUCCUUCGCUCCCCCGCACAUGCGAUCCUUCCACCUCUCCUGGUUCUCCUUCUUCGCCUGCUUCUGCUCCACCUUCGCCUCACCCCCUCUCCUUCCCAUCAUCCGCGACAAUCUCUCCCUCACCGCCACCGACAUCGGAAACGCUGGCAUCGCCGCCGUCUCCGGCGCCGUCCUCGCCCGUCUCGCCAUGGGCUCCGCAUGCGACCUCGUCGGCCCCCGACUCGCCUCCGCCUCCCUCACUCUCCUCACCGCCCCCGCCGUCUUCUUCACCUCCACCAUCUCGACCCCCGCCGGCUUCCUCCUCGCGCGCUUCUUCACCGGAUUCUCAAUCGCGUCAUUCGUAUCGACGCAGUAUUGGAUGAGUUCGAUGUUCUCGGCACCAAGGGUGGGAGGAGCGAAUGGAUUGGUGGGCGGGUGGGGGAAUCUUGGAGGCGGAGCGAUUCAGUUGAUCAUGCCUUUCAUAUUUUCGCUUAUAAGAAAGAUGGGGUGCGCGGAGUUCACGGCGUGGAGGGUGGCGUUUUUCGUACCAGGUUUUGUGCAGAUGGUGUCGGCCAUUGGCGUGUUGGCGAUGGGGCAGGAUUUUCCCGACGGGAACUUUGGGGCGUUGAAGAAGUCCGGGGAGAUGCAAAAGGAUGAAUUUUGUAAGGUUUUUUACAGCGCUAUCACCAAUUACAGGGGAUGGAUAUUGGCGAUUACGUAUGGAUAUUGCUUCGGGGUGGAAUUGGCGGUAGACAACAUCAUCGCCGAGUACUACUACGACAGAUUCGAUGUGAAUCUUCACACGGCGGGGAUAAUAGCAGCAAGCUUCGGCCUGGCAAAUGUGGUGUCGCGGCCUGGAGGAGGGUGGAUUUCGGACCGGCUUGCGGCGAGGUUCGGGAUGAGAGGGAGGCUGUGGGGCUUGUGCAUCGUUCAGACCGUCGGCGGGGUUCUGUGUAUCGUAUUGGGGAGGAUGGGAAGCUUAAGCUUUUCGGUUCUUGUUGUUGUGCUCUUCUCGCUCUUCGUCCAGGCCGCCUGCGGGCUUACCUUUGGAAUUGUGCCCUUCAUCUCUCGAAGGUCAGUCGUUUCUUACAGCUUAAAACUUUCGCGUCUUGGGCUUUUUGUUGCUCUUCUCCGUAAGUGUAUGUGUAUUGUUAAUGGUCACUUGCCGGAGGAAUUCACUGGAUGA